AUGCCGUCUAAGCCAACGAUUCUCCUCCUUGGCACAUGUGAUAGUAAGCUUCCCGAGCUCCUCUACACAAAAUCACAACUCGAAUCGCAAAAGAGCCAUGUACUUCUAAUGGACAUUGGUCAUAAACCAACUUCCCACCCAGAAAUAGAUAUCACUCAACAUGACAUCCUCAAUCCAGAACUCACUCGAAAAUCAUCUCUGGAUCCACCCCGCAAUACAGAUCCACCCGAGGACAUCGAUAUUGGCUCUCUCUCCCGAGAAGCAUACAUCAAAACCCUCACUCCACUUGCUAUUCGCAUGGUCACGACGUUAAUGCCAUCUCUUAACGGAAUACUGGGCAUAGGCGGCUCAUGCGGCACAACACUCGCAGCAGCAGUAAUGCGCGAUGCAGUCCCAGUGGGGUUCCCCAAAUUAAUGGUAUCCACAAUGGCAUCCGGCGAUGUGGGACCUUACAUCGGGGAAACUGAUAUCGCCAUGAUGUACUCGGUUGUCGAUAUUGCGGGACGAAAUCGAGUUUUGGAUAGGGUACUCGGGAAUGCGGCCGCUGCCAUUGUGGGAAUGGGUUGGGGAUAUCUGAAUCGGCGAAAGACGACGGACGGAGGGAAGGUGCGGAUUGGUAUCACUAUGUUUGGGGUAACUACGCCGGCUGCUACAAUGGCGAAAGAACAUUUAGAGCUUUUGUUCCCGGGAUCUUGUGAGAUUUAUAUCUUUCAUGCGACUGGGUCUGGGGGACGGGCGAUGGAGAGGCUUGUCGCUGAAGGUCAGCUUGAUGCGAUUCUUGAUUUGACAACUACUGAGAUCGCGGAUGAGGUUGUUGGCGGGGUCUUGGGUGCUGGGCCUGGACGGCUACGUGCAGCAACGGCGAGGAAUAUUCCGCGGGUUGUUAGUGUUGGAGCAUGUGAUAUGGUUAAUUUUGGGAUGUUUGAAAGUGUUCCACCUUGCUUUAAGGGAGGGGACUCGGGUGUUGGACGAGUUUUGCAUCGGCAUAAUCCCACCAUCACCCUUAUGAGGACUACCAAGGAGGAGUGCGAAAGCAUUGCAAGAUUGAUUUCGAAGAAUCUGUUGGGAGAUGAGGGGGGGCAUCAUGGCUCUACUUCCAGAACGAAGGUGAUCUUUCCUACUGGUGGAAUUAGUAUGCUUGAUCGUCCUGACCAACCAUUUUGGGACCCUGAGGCGGAUGAUAUUCUCUUUUCUACUCUGGAGAAUGAACUCAAGGGGAGUGGGAUUGAGGUGGUCCGAGAUAAGCGUGAUAUCAAUAACCCAGAGUUUGCGAUCAGGGUGGCCGAAAUGCUGCACGGUCUGAUCGAGGAAAGCAGUAUGUUAGGAUUGUGA